AAUAACAGCAACAUAAUGGCAUGUAGGAGCGGCUGCUGCUGCGGCUCCGGUCCCAUAAACGAGGAUAACGCGAGGUUUCUGUUGCUGGCGUUGUUCAUCGUCAUUUACCUCCUGUGCGGGGCCGCAGUCUUCUCGGCGCUGGAGCAGCCCAAGGAGCGCGAGGCCAACGAGCGCUGGGCGCAGAGGUUCGAGCAGUUCAGCCACAAGUACAACCUGAGUAAGAAAGACCUGAAUAACUUCCUCAGGAACUACGAGGAGGCGAACGUGGCGGGCAUCCGCGUGGACACAAUCAGACCUCGGUGGGACUUCACCGGCGCUUUUUACUUCGUGGGAACUGUGGUGUCAACCAUUGGGUUUGGGAUGACCACUCCUGCCACAAUUGGAGGAAAAGUCUUCCUGAUGUUCUACGGCCUGCUCGGCUGCGCGGCCACCAUCCUCUUCUUCAACCUCUUUCUGGAGCGCGUCAUCACCGUCAUUGCCGUCGUCCUCAAGUCCUGUCACCAGCGACGCCACAACAAAGCUGCGCUCGCAUCGAAUGGCCGGCAGGUCUCGGAGGGGAACAGAGCAGGCGAAGUUGGAGGAAGUGGUGGGGGGAAAGGGGAAGAUCUGGCCGGCUGGAAGCCUUCGGUCUACUGUGUCAUGUUCAUUCUGGGAGCGGCGGCCAUCUUGGUGUCCUGCUGCGCCUCGCUCAUGUACUCGGCGGCCGAGGGCUGGGGCUACCUGGACUCGCUCUACUUCUGCUUCGUGGCCUUCAGCACCAUCGGCUUUGGCGACAUGGUGAGCAGCCAGCGGGCCGUCUACGAGGGCCACGCCACGGUCGCGUAUCGCCUGGGCAACUUCUUCUUCAUCCUCACCGGCGUCUGCUGCAUCUACUCCCUCUUCAACAUCAUCUCCAUCGUUAUCAAGCAGGUCCUCAACUGGCUGCUGAGGAGGCUGGAGGCCCCCUGCCGCUGCUGUUUCCCCAGGAGGGGUCAUCACCCGCACCGGCACCCCCGGCGGAACGUGGUGGCCCCGGGCCACCUGCGCGCCCGCAGGGACCCCUCCAUCGAGACAGACGCCAUCAACGAGAGCGAGACUGACAAUGGGCGCAGGAUGUCUGGGGAGAUGAUCUCCAUGAGGGACUUCCUGGCCGCCAACAAGGUGAAUCUGGCAAUUAUGCAGAAGCAGCUUUCAGAGAUGGCCAUCGGGCACCCGCGCCAGUCCAGCUCCAAUUCACGUCAGAACGGAUUCUCAGGAGGGGUGGGCGCCCUUGGCAUCAUGAACAACCGGCUGGCAGAGACGAGCGUGGACAGAUAGGGGAAACAGCGUGAAUCCUUUUUUCAAAGGAUACAAAAGGCUGAGGGGAUAAGUCGAGUACGGACAAAUUGACACUGAGCCCUGCCUUCCUUAAAAAGGGAAGACUUGCUUGGUGCACUAAGACAAAACGCACGACUACAUAAUUCAUCUAUUCCAUCGACCCCCCACAAGCAGCUUCCACCUCAGCCCACCUUCCUGUCAAGAACAUGGCUGCAUAAAUGAUGCGUGAUGGUUUGCUGGAGUCUCACAUCUGGACCAGGCUCAGUGUGCCGGAAUGUUCCCCGAUGAGGAACUCAGUUUCCAUGGUGAUAAAAAAAAAAAAAUCUGCCUAGAGCCCCUGUAUCUAAGCCUUAAAACAUGAUAUGAUGCUCUACAUGCUACUUCACAUCUAACCGCAACUUCCACUCAUCUACGUAGGCUACUUUACAAUACUUAAUAUGACUCUAACCACGUCCAUACUGUGGCAGGCAUUGAAAUAGCUUCAUUAAAAUGGGUGUUUGGUGUCUAACAGUGGUUAUUAGGCCUUCAUUAAGCUGUUAUGUAGCAACGAUGAGCCCAAUUCAUGGAUGAUUGAAUGUCGACCUUUAAUUCAGAAAUGCAUCAAUGAUGGUUCUGAUACUAUCAAUGGCACUCUAUUCACAUCAUUUGUGACCAUAUGUUUCACAACCAUAUGCCAUUCAAUAGCCUCCAUCCCGGCACUGCUUUCAUUCAUUAUCACAAAAGAA